AUGUUUACCAAAACCACCAUCAAGAGUCAAACCAGCCACCGUGGCUACAGUGCCAGCUCAGCCAGAGUGCCUGGGCUCAACCACUCUGGCUUCAGCAGUGUGUCCGUGUGCCGCUCCCAGGGUAGCGGUGGCUCUGGUGCAGUGUGUGGAGGAGCUGGCUUUGGCAGCAGGAGCCUCUAUGGUGUAGGAAGCUCCAAGAGGAUCUCCAUCGGAGGGGGCAGCUGUGACAUUGGAGGAGGCUAUGGCAGCCGAUUCGGAGGAGGCUUCGGCAUUGGAGGAGGAGCUGGAGGUAGCUUUGGCUUUAGUGCUGGAGCUGGUUUUGCUAGUAGCUAUGGAAGAGCUGGCUUCCCGGUGUGCCCACCUGGAGGUAUCCAAGAGGUCACCAUCAACCAGAGCCUCCUCACCCCCCUGAACCUGCAAAUAGACCCCACCAUCCAGCUGGUCAGGACUGAGGAAUGGAAGCAGAUCAAGACCCUCAACAACAAGUUUGCCUCCUUCAUCGACAAGGUACGGUUCCUGGAACAGCAGAACAAGGCCCUGGAUACCAAGUGGGCCCUGCUGCAGGAGCAGGGCACUGAGCCUGUGAGGCCUGAACUGAAGACCCUGUUUGAAAAUUACAUCAACAACCUUUCAAUAGAGCUGAGCAUCACUGCUGGUCAGAAGGGCCACCUGGACUCAGAGCUGAGGAGGAUUCAGGAUGUACUGGAGGACUACAAGAACAAAUAUGAAGAUGAAAUCAGCAAGCACACAGCAGCAGAGAAUGAAUUUGGGGUCCUGAAGAAGGAUGUAAAUGCUGCCUAUGUGAACAAGGUUGAACUGCAAUCCAAGGCAGACAGUCUAGCAGAUGACACUGACUUCUUGAGAGCUGUUUUUGAGGCUGAACUGUCUCAGAUGCCAACACACAUCUCAGACACCUCUGUGGUCCUCUCCAUGGACAACAACCGCAGCCUGGACUUGGACAGCAUUAUUGCUGAGGUCAAGGCAAAGUAUGAGAAAAUUGCUCAGAGAAGUCGGGCUGAGUCUGAGUCUUGGUACCAGACUAAGUAUGAGGACCUGCAGAAUACAGCUGGCAAACAUGGCAUUGACUUGCACAAAAUCAAGCAGGAGAUCGCUAAGAUGAAACAAAUGAUCAAGAUAAUGAGAUCACUGAUCGACAUCAUUGACAGGCUGGUUGACAGGUUGCGAGCUAAAAUUGAUGGUGCUGAUCAACAUGGGGAGAUGGCACUUGAGGAUGCCAGGGGCAAGUUGGAAGGGUUAGAGAAUGCCCUGAAGAAGGCCAAAGAGAAUAUGGCCAGGCAGGUGAAGGAAUACCAGGAAAUCAUGGAUGUCACGUUUCCCCUUAAUGUGGAAAUCAGCAUCUACAGGACACUCCUGGAGGAUGAAGAGGGCAGGUUGAAUGGUAAAGGCAUUGGACCAGUCAACACCUCUGUGGUGCAGUCCACCCUGCCCAACAGCUAUGGCAGUUCAGGUGGUGCCAGCAGCAGCUUAGGCCUCGGAGGAGGCAGCAACUACUCCUACAGCAGUAGCCAUGGCCUUGCAGGUAGGUUCAGUGCUAGAAGUAGCAGAGGCAUCAGUGGUGACCUUGGCUCCUCUGGUGUCAGCUCUUCCAUUAUUAAAAACAUCAUCAACACAUCCUCCAGCAGGAAGAACUAUAAGUGCUGA